UUUAAUUCAUUCGAUUUUAAACUACCUCAUUUGUUUAGUUAAAUACAGAAAUUAUGGUCUUAAGGUCAAAUAGCUGGGUGCUGAUUGCAUAGUCAAAGAAAAUCACAUAGCAUAUUUGCAUGAGGAGGGAAAAAGAUGCUGCAAUUAAGUUCCAUUCAGAAUCUUUAGUAGUAUGUUUAGUUUACACAGUUAACUGUGUGGUACUGCUCCAUUUAGACAAUCCUGAAGAGGGUUGAAGUUAUUCUAAUGAAAACAAGGAAAUUCAGUGCAGGCUACAGCUACGUACAAAUGCAUACUAUUAUAAAACCUCAUCAACAGUGUGUUUGUGACAACCGGGGAACAGUUGAAUGGGCUUAUUUGCCCUAUUUGUGUAAUUUUUUUUUUCUUUUACGGUAACAUUAUGAACCUCUGUGAUAUGUGAUUUUUAACCCCAGGAUGAGUCCAAUCAUCAUUUUAAAACAUGCCCUGAAAUGCUAUACCACUUAAAACGAAUACAAACAUAGUGUGGCAAAAAUAUUUUUUGUGUCCACGUUAUAUGGGCCUCUGAGGAGAGACAAUAGGCAAAGAAAUCAUAUGCCUAAGGUGAUUCUGCUUGUUUGUUUGAUAACUGCUUUAAGAACUACAAUGGUAAAAGUUGUUAUGUGCUUUCAGAAGAGGCAGCAUUGAUUUCUUAGAAGUCUUCAUACUUUAGUGUUCCUGAAGUACAGAUAAACCUUCAGAUAUUCUAAUUUAGCUUUUAUAUCUCAAAUAUAGGGCACUGAGGAUUGGGUUAUUAUAGACAAAAUACCCUCUGAGGUAGUUGAUGGUGAAUCGGAAAAAAAUCUGGCAUACAAGGUAGUGACUGUGAGCGGUAAAACUGCCUUUCCACCUGAGAUGUUAAAAUCCAGUACCGUUCUAAUGCAGAGCUUUGAGGACUUGGAAAGCGAAAUACAAUCCAAUGAGGAGAAUAAGCAGAAAAUGUUCACUCUAGGAAAGUCCUAUGAUACCAUGUCUGGGAAAAUUGUAACCAUGACAAGUAAAGCUAAAGAGGGCGAGAAAGCAGUACAAACUUCAGUAGAAACUUCACAAAAAAUGGAAAGGGAAGUGCAAGAAUCUGUGAAAAUCAUUCCAAUAGUGACCAAGUAUGAAAUUCUCAAGCCCGUCACUGAUGAGAAAGCCAGGCGGGGAUCCGACAUGCAGAGCACAAAAAGAAAGCUGUCCGACUCUCUGACACCCAUAAAGGAAGCAGAAUCUCAGUUGCAAAGUCCUGAAGAGGAGAGUUUGAAAAAGACACUAAAGAUGGACCAGGAUUUGCAAUUACAUGGUACACUGGGAAGCUUACAGCUUGGCAAAGCAGAGAAGCAUCUUGGCAGUGAAGCUGUAAAAGCAGGGGCGUUUGCCUGGACAGAUAAGAGCCUGUCUGAGUGGAGAUAUUCCAGAGAACAACCAUUUACCAUUGCUACUGCUCACUAUGUUACUGAGUCGUCUGCAUCAAGAGUGGUGGUAACAAGUGGCUUUGACUUCAUGCCACGAUUUAAAGAUAAAAGCAUGACUUCUUUUAGGCAAUCCCCUCACACCGCCCUACCUUUUGGUUCUCUUGCUGCCUGGCUUUGUGUUGACAGCAGCCAACCCAGCUUAUUUUUUUUCUCUCAUACUUUGAAUCUGUUCCACAGUCUGAAACAGACAUUAUAUAAGGCUUUCAACCUUUCUGGUUUAUUUAAAGAUCCGUGUUACUGAAAUGUACUAUUGCUGCUGUGGCUUGUUAAUAAAAGGAAAAAAAAAAAGAUUUGCUUGAACCAGCAAAAUGCCAAUGCUAACAACUAUGCUUUUAAACUGUUGCUUACUACAGCCAUUAUGAAUUCGCUCUGAUUUAUUUUCCCAUUCUUUUCCCGUUUCCAACUUCUCUGUGCCCCUGCAACCUUCUCUCCUUUUCCUCUGUCUCUGCCUUCAGUUUUGGCAAUUAAUAUGUCUGUUCAUGUGGGUCUGCCUUUCUUCUGUGUAU